CGAAUCAGAGGGGGAAGGAUUUCCCGCGAGUAGCCGUCGCGACUGCCGAGUGCGCGCGUGCACUCGCGCGGACACUUAAGUGUGAAAGUAAGUCUCACAGUUGACCGAAACUACGUUCCGUGCUUUCGUCGAUAAUCCACGACCGAUGUGCCAUGCCGUAGAGCGUUUCCUUCAAUUGUGGAAUAUAUCUUUAUGUACAGACGAGUGGGAUUCACGAUAUAAAUGAAUUUUGGUCGCAAUUUUAUUCACAUCGGGGACAUUACGUGAUGAUGCUUGUAAGAAACGAGUGUACAACGAUGAGUUAAAUGUAUAUUUACGCAUACAACGAAGAUAUAAACCAAAACAAGAGGAAAGAAGGAAGAAGGUGAAAAGUGCAUACGAAAUCACGUGCAUUUAUUUAUUUACGGAUAUUUGGAUCUCUUUGAUAAACUAACCCGAUUGUGAAUUGACCAAAUGUCCAUAUGUACACGUCCAUGUGCUGCGCGCUUGUGUUCUCAAAUGUAGCUGUUUGAAUGAAGAUUCUUUGCCGAGACUUACAGUUUGCCAAGACUUUUAUAAUUAUGAAACAAAGGGUGUUCGUUAUCGUGUGCUUUUUGAGCUUUGUCUCAGCGGGAAGUCCUAGAUUACCUCGGACAUCCGCUGAUCAGCGCGGCACGCGUAGUGCAAACGUCCAUAAUAGCACCAGUACUACUGUGCAACCGUCUUCUCGCAAUUCGCAGCGGAAUAGAGAACAAUACCUUUUCAACGUCUUCGAAGUAAUAGUGUCAACAUUGGAGUCCAAGUUACAGCGAAUCGAAAAUUUAGAUAAGGCGGUGGAACAUUUGAUGAGAAGAGUAGAAGCCUUAGAUUCACGCGUAACCGAUAAUAUUGAUAAAACAGAUGCGAUUAUUACGAAACUCAGAACAUUAGAUCUGAAACUUUUCAACGCAUAUCCUAUUAUGUCAACGGAAGCUAUUCACGCAGCGAGGAUUACCGAAAAUAAGAGCAAAAGUCAUACCGAAGAUACUCCAUUCAUACGUAUGAUCCAUCAUGAUCGAAACAAUCGGGCUCCGGAAUCACUUGGCGAGAAAUUAGUUUCUUUAGAUCAAAAAGUUUCCGAUAUCGAUCACAAACUGGUAAAUCUGAAAAAUCAACUUGACAACAAUUUCUUACAAACUGAUGAUAUAAAUGCUGAAGCAAGUGAGAAGAAACCUGUCAGUAUGAGUGUAAUCGAGGUCACUAAGGCUAUGAGUAACGAAGUGAUGAAUCAUAUGACGAUCGAAAUUGAGAAUCUUAGGCAAGCAACAAGUAAUACGGAUCGACAACUUCAAUUUCACAUGAACUUGAUGUCGGACAAUCUCGGAUCGAUGUACAAUAUGCUCACUGACGUACACGAAGCUAUUGUUGAAAAAAAUUAUGCGAAUAAUCGACAAAAUAAUCUUAACUUAACAACAACCGAAGCUCCGAUAAAACAAAGUAAAAUUGAUCGUCUCGCUGACCAAAUGUACUCGAUGCUUACUGUUUCCGAGAAGAUGGAUCAAGUUUGGAAUGUAGUGAUGGGAACGAAGAAUUUAGUAGACGAUCUAUUGCCAAAAUCCGACGAACUACUCACUCAAACGCAAAGGCAAGAGAGAGCAAUUAAUGAAAUUCAUACCGAUCUAAGGUCAAAAACAAAUAAAAUCAUUGAAAAUUUGGAGGGCGUCGAAAGUCGCUUGAGGAAGCAAGAGGAUGAUGUAGCUACUCUUGCGCAACGUCCGAUUCCAGCUGAAUUGCUGUUAGAUCCAACAAUUGAUCGACUUGUGGAAUACGAUCCAAGCAGAUACGUCAGCGUAACCGAAGAUUUUGUAACGGUGACACCUGCUACAGCUACAGUACCUACUACUGCACCACCCCUGUCAACUACAACUUCGAUAUCUUCUGUUGCUUCACCCUCAAAUAAUCCUACCAGUUCCACGACACCUAUGACGACGACAUCUUCGAGUACCGCCCGAUCGAAUAGUAGAAAUCGAGGAGUCAUAUUUCCGAGCGUUAAGAAUAAACCGAGUUUAGCAAACUCCACUUUUACAAGUGACAUAUUAAUCAAUUAUAAGGAUGUAAAGGGUUAUUCUUGCGUGGAUUUAUUAAACGCAGGAAUGAGAGACAAUGGAGUUUACUAUCUGCAAAUACGCGGUACGACAUAUUGGUUCCUCAAAGUUUACUGUGAGCAGGAAAUUGCCGAUGGCGGAUGGACGGUUAUUCAAAGGAGGGAUGAUUUUGGAGAACCAAGGGAGAAUUUUAACAGAGAUUGGGCAGAUUAUAAAAAUGGGUUUGGGGACCCCGCUAAGGAAUUUUGGCUAGGCAAUGAAAAUAUAUAUAUGUUAACAAAUAAUGAAGAUUACACGUUGAGAGUUGAACUUGAAGACUUCGAAGGUAACAAAAGAUAUGCUCAGUAUUCCCAUUUCAAGAUUUAUUCAGAAGGAGAGUAUUAUAAAUUGGAGAUUGAUGGAUAUGAAGGAAAUGCUGGAGAUUCGUUGAAUGAUCCUUGGUAUGGAUCGAAUAAUAGUCCGUUCUCCACAUACAAUAGAUAA